UCCAUUCCUAUCAAAACAAAGCAGUUCGAAUUCAAUCAAAAAUGAAGAGCAUUAGCCCUCUCAUCCCUCUACCCUUCCUCCUCCUCCUCCUGUCCAUCACCACCACUCCCUCCGCCGCCACAUAUGGGCCAAGCGCCAUCUACGCCUUCGGCGACUCCAUGCUCGACGCCGGCAACAACAACCAGAUCCCCACCCUCUGCCGCGCCGACCACGAGCCCUACGGGUCCGACUUCCCCGGCAAAAGCCACACCGGAAGGUUCAGCAACGGAAAGAUCCCCGGAGACUUCCUCGCCUCCGCUUACGGCCUCAAGGACCUCCUGCCGGCCUACGCGGACCACGCCGUCGACUACAAGGAUCUGAUCACCGGCAUCAGCUUCGCGUCGUCGUGCUCGGGCUACAGCCACCUCACCGCGCUGCCGUUGGGCGUCCACAACUUGGACAGACAGUUGUGGCAUUUCGAACUGGUGUUCGACAAAAUGAGAAAGAGAUUCGGCCUUCAAAAGACAGCGGAUAUAGUCGAGAAAGCACUCUUCUUGAUUUCAGCAGGCUCAACUGACAUUGUUAAUGAUUACUAUAUGCAGCCACUUACUAGGGCUAAGUACUCUCUCCCUAGCUACAUUCAAAUGUUACUCAAAAACAUGGAACAUUUCGUUAAAAAAUUGAGACUAGCCGGUGCCAAGAAGAUAGCCGUUAUUGGCGUUCCACCGCUAGGGUGUUUGCCGAUAGAUGCCUUCACCAACAUCCCGCCGUUCAAGAACGAAAGUGGCGACCCACUAAGGCGCGAGUGCAGAGACGACCACAACUCCGACGCCCAACAAUACAACACGAAUCUCGCAACCCGAGUGAAGAAGAUGGCGGAGGCAAUGCAUGAUCUUAAAAUUGUCUAUGUGGACUACUACACCCCUAUGAUGAACAUGAUCAACAAGCCAUACGACUAUGGGUUCAAGACUACAACAACCUCAUGUUGUGGAACUGGUGCAAUCGAGGUGGGGCCUCUUUGCAAUGUGGCCUCUCUCAUGUGUCAUGAUCAUUCAGAGUAUGUAUUUUGGGAUUCAUCCAAUCCCACAGAAGCUGCUUACAAAAUUGUUGCAGAGAGUUUCAAAGACGGUGCGCUUAGUAGUCUAUUUCCUGGAGUCAAGAAUUAAUUUAGGCUAGUUAGCUUGACUCUAGUUUUAGUUGGUAUAUUCCACGCAUUGCAAGAAUUUCAUUUUUAGAUCAUUGUACGCAACCUUAGGUUGCAUUUCUAUUUAUUGAUCAAUUAAAAAGAGUUUUAAUAAUAUUUCA